GUCUAUGUUGAAUCCAUGGGUGAGAAUAAUCUUACCAUGGUAACAGAGUUCAUUCUCAUGGGCUUUACUGACUACCACAUGUUGGAGGUUCCCCUCUUUCUGAUGUUUCUCAUUUUCUACAUCGUCACCCUUCUGGGGAAUGUGGGGAUGAUUGUGCUGAUCCAAGUGGAUGUCCAGCUCCACACGCCCAUGUACUUCUUCCUGAGCCACCUUGCCCUGCUGGAUGCCUGCUAUGCCUCAGUCAUCACUCCUCAGAUCCUGGCCACACUGGCCACAGGCAAGACGGUCAUCUCCUAUGGCCAAUGUGCAACCCAGUUCUUUUUCUUCACCCUCUGUGCAGGCACAGAGUGUUUCCUGCUGGCAGUGAUGGCCUAUGACCGCUAUUUCGCUGUUAGCAAUCCACUGUUCUACACGGUAGCCAUGAAUCCCAGAAUUUGCUGGAGUUUGGUGGCAGGAGCCUAUGUCUGUGGGACAUCAGGGUCCAUUGUGCGUACCACAUGUACCUUCACCCUCUCCUUCUGUAACCACAAUCAGAUCAACUUCUUCUUCUGUGACCUCCCGCCCCUGCUGAAGCUUGCCUGCAAUGACACAACAAACACUGAGAUUGUCAUUGUCUUCCUCGGCAACUUUGUGAUCUUGAUCAAUGCAUUGGUCAUUCUAAUAUCCUACCUGCUCAUCAUCAAGGUCAUUUUGAAGGUGAAGUCUCCAGGCGGCAAGGCCAAGACUUUCUCCACAUGUGCCUCGCACUUCACUGCUGUAGCCCUUUUCUUUGGGACCCUCACCUUCAUGUAUCUUCGGAGUGGCUCCAACAAGUCCCUGGAGGAAGACAAGGUCGUGUCUGUCUUCUACACUGUGAUCAUCCCCAUGCUAAACCCUCUGAUCUACAGCCUAAGAAACAAGGAUGUGAAAGCAGCCUUCAUAAAGGUCACUGGGAGACUCCAGGUGUCCCAGGGUGUGUAG